AUGACUUUUUCUCUUUCUUUCUCUGAAAAAUCGAAGAGUGCAUUAUCUAUCUAUCUAUCUAUCUAUCUAUCUAUCUAUCUAUCUAUCCCAUCUUCUCUCUCUUCUUUUUUUUUUCUAUCUGUCAGUCUAAUUUCAUCUUCUAUAUCUAUCUAUCUAUCUAUCAUCUAUCUAUCUAUCUUUAUAAUUCUUUUCUCUAUCUAUGUAAAUCCUUCAUUCUGUUCUAUCUAUCUAUCUAUCUAUCUAUCUAAUUCUAUCAUAUCUAUCUAUUCUAAUCUAUCUUUAUCAUAUCUAUCUAAAUUUCUUUUCAUAUCUAUGAAAUUCUGUUCAUAUCUAUCUAUCUAUCUAUCUAUCUAUCUAUCUAUCUAUCUAAUUCUUUUCAUAUCUAUGAAAUUCUGUUCAUAUCUAUCUAUCUAUCUAUCAAUCUAUCUAUCUAAAUCUAUCUUUGUUUUGUAUCUAUUCCUAUUCAUCUAUUUAUCUAUCUAUCUAUCUAUCUAUCUAUCUAUCUAUCUAUCUAUCUGUUUAAUUCUGUUCAUAUAUAUCUAUCAAUCUAUCUGUAUAAUUCUGCUCAUAUUUAUUUUUAUAAUUCUGUUCACAUCUAUCUAUCUAAAAAUGUAA